CUCGGCCAUGGGCGAGCACCCCAGCCCGGGACCCGCAGUGGCCGCCUGUGCGGAGGCGGAGCGCAUCGAGGAGCUGGAACCCGAGGCCGAGGAGCCGCUGCCCGCGGCGCCGGAGGACCACUGGAAAGUCCUGUUUGAUCAGUUUGACCCUGGGAACACAGGCUUCAUCAGCACAGGCAAGUUCCGGAGCCUCCUGGAGAGCCACAGCUCUGAGCUGGACCCGCACAAAAAGGAGGUGCUCCUGGCUCUCGCCGACAGCCACGCGGAUGGGCAGAUCUGCUACCAGGAUUUUGUCAACCUGAUGAGCAACAAACGGUCCAACAGCUUCCGCCAGGCCAUCCUGCAGGGGAACCGCAGGCUCUGCAGCAAAGCACUGCUGGAGGAAAAGGGGCUGAACCUCUCUCAGCGACUGAUCCGCCAUGUGGCCUAUGAGACCCUGCCCCGGGAGAUUGACCGCAAGUGGUACUAUGACAGCUACACCUGCUGUCCCCCGCCCUGGUUCAUGAUCACGGUCACACUGCUGGAGGUUGCCUUUUUCCUCUACAAUGGGGUGUCGCUGAAUCAAUUUGUGCUGCAGGUAACCCAUCCGCAUUACCUGAAGAACUCACUGGUUUACCACCCACAGCUCCGAGCACAGGCUUGGCGCUACCUGACGUACAUCUUCAUGCAUGCGGGGAUAGAACACCUGGGACUCAACGUGGUGUUGCAGCUACUGGUGGGGGUGCCCCUGGAGAUGGUGCACGGAGCCACCCGCAUCGGGCUUGUCUAUGUGGCUGGCGUCGUGGCAGGGUCCUUGGCGGUGUCAGUGGCUGACAUGACCGCGCCAGUCGUGGGCUCCUCUGGAGGAGUGUACGCGCUUGUCUCUGCCCAUCUGGCCAACAUCGUGAUGAACUGGUCAGGCAUGAAGUGCCAGUUCAAGCUGCUACGGAUGGCUGUGGCCUUGAUCUGUAUGAGCAUGGAGUUUGGGCGGGCUGUGUGGCUCCGAUUCCACCCGUCGGCUUAUCCCCCAUGCCCUCACCCGAGCUUCGUGGCACACCUGGGUGGCGUGGCUGUGGGCAUCACCCUGGGUGUGGUGGUCCUGAGGAACUACGAGCAGAGGCUGCAGGACCAGUCGCUGUGGUGGAUUUUUGUGGCCAUGUACGCAAUCUUUGUGCUGUUUGCCAUCUUCUGGAACAUCUUUGCCUACACCCUGCUGGACUUGAAGCUGCCACCACCCCCCUGAGGGGCUCAAGGACAUAGGUGGGGGAGGGGAGAGAGAAGAAGCAUCAGGAGAGAGCAUCUGCAUUCUUUUUUACUCAUCACCAGCUGCGUUAGGCCAGGAGGAGAGGACAAGAGAUGCUGAUCUGCUGUAAUUGUCGUGUUUAGAUUUGGACAGACAGUGGAGGCUCUUUUCUGAAAGGUACCUGAUGGAAGAGUCAGAUGUGGCUACCAUCAUUCUUCUCGACUGUUCUGAUGACAUUGGGCCAGGGCAUGGGCCUGGGUGGCAGUGAAACUGGCCCUGCCCUUGGGCUGGGUUUGUUCCAUGUGUUCAGGGUUCCCCUGUCCCUACCACCAGCUGAGCAGCAGCCUUCUUCCUCAUCUCCA